AUGUUAAACGAGCCUUCAGUUGUUGCUUUACAUAAAGUUGAUAAUCAAAAUAAAGUGCUUGCAGUUGGUAUGGAAGCAAAAAAAAUGUUAGGAAGAACAGCAAAUAAUAUAAAAGCAGUUCGUCCAUUGAAAGAUGGUGUCAUUGCAGAUUUUGAAGUUGCCGAACAGAUGAUACAAUAUUUUAUGAGUAAAGUGUAUAAAUACAGCUUUUUUAAACGUUGUUUAGUUUUAGUUUGUGUCCCAUCUGGAUCAACGCCAGUAGAAAGAAGAGCAAUACAAGAUUCAGCUUAUAAUGCAGGUGCAAACAAAGUUUAUUUAGUUGAAGAACCAAUAGCAGCAGCAAUAGGUGCAGGCUUACCUAUUAUGGACCCUAUGGGAUCUAUGGUUGUUGACAUAGGUGGUGGAACAACAGAGGUUGCCGUAAUGUCACUAGGAGGAAUAGUAUAUGCAAGAAGUGCUAAAGUUGCUGGUGAUAAAAUGGAUGAUGCUAUAAUAACCUAUAUUAAGAAAAAUCAUAAUAUGAUAAUAGAAAAAUCUAACUAUAAUGUUAUUGUGUCUGGAAAUGGUACUAAUAAUCCAGAUGUUCUAAUUUAUUCCGAAAAUUAUAAUUUUCAAGAAAACGAAUUGCUUAGCACAUCAG